CACACAACCAUCAGAAAUCACGAUUAGAUCAUCAGGGAAGAUAGACGAUGCCACCAAAAUACACCUCCGUACCCUCGCAGUCCUAUGAAUCUGAUGAUGAUUUUGACCCUUUUCUGAACGAUGAGUUCUCAGACGUGGACUCUUUGGACAAUGACUUGGAAUUACUGGAGAUGCAACGGGCAGAAGACCCUCUUCACAGUGCGCUGGAGAUGCCGGAUUUGCACACUUCCACACUUCAAAUGGCGUUUAUGAACAUGGCCAACUCUAUCCUGGGUGCUGGUGCUAUUGGAACGCCCUUUGCUAUGAAGAACUGUGGUGUUCUCGGCGGUGCGCUGGCACUUAUCGUCCUUACACUGCUGGUUGAUUACACGUUACGUCUGAUCGUUAUCAACCUCAAGUUGAGCGGGAAGGAGACGUACCAGGACACGGUGGAGCACUGUUUCGGUAAACGAGGCAAGAUAGUGAUCAUCCUCACACAGGCUUUGUUUGCAUUUGGUGGGAGUAUCGGGUUUUGUAUCAUUAUCGGUGAUACGAUACCUCACAUACUGAGAUCAUUCUUCCCAUCGUACAAGGAUUCUGUUUUCCUCUCUUUUAUCUUUUCAAGAAACUUCAUCAUACUGUUUGUCACGUUGACCAUAUCGUUCCCGUUGUCUCUGAGUAAAGACAUCUCCAAGCUGGCGAAGGCAAGUGCUCUGGCAUUGCUGAGUAUGGUUGUAAUUAUCGUCAUUGUAUUGGUCAGUGGUCCAAGGCUGCCUUCAGAAUGGAAGGGGUCUCUAAGACUGAGCGAUUAUUUCAUCAAUGCUAGAGUAUUCCAAGGUAUAAGUGUCAUCUCUUUCGCACUGGUAUGCCAUCACAAUACGAGCUUCAUCUUCCACUCGUUGAAAAAGCCAUCAUUGAACAGAUUUGCCAAAGUGACUCAUGCCAGUUGCUUCGUUUCAAUGGUUGCUAUUGCGCUAUUGGGAUUUGGUGGAUUCCUUAUAUUCAAAGACAAGACCAAGGGCAAUAUCCUCAAUAACUUCCCGGGAAAUGACCCUGUUGUUAACAUUGCAAGAUUCUGCUUUGGGUUUAACAUGCUAACAACAUAUCCCCUGGAGAUCUUUGUUCUCCGUGAUGUACUGAGGGACUUGUAUUAUAUAAAUAGGGAUUCAAGCCCUGAGCUAUCACCCAGAGCACAUCUCAUGUUCACUUCAGUACUUGUCGGUGUCACUAUGGGUAUAUCACUGACGACAUGUAACCUCGGUGCUCUCUUUGAACUUAUAGGUGCUACAACAGCUUCAAUCAUGGCAUAUAUUUUACCACCGAUGUGUUAUCUCAACAUGACUCACAAGACGCUUCCAAGACGUAUCGUACUAUAUUCAAUCAUUGGGUUUGGAUUCGCAACGAUGAUCAUAUCAUCUACUCAGACAAUUAUAAACGCAAUCCAUGAUGAUGGAUCUUCGCAUUGUGCUAUAUAAACAAGGACAAGAAUAAACAAGGCUCAAUGGAGUAAAAACCCUACAA